GAGUGGAGAUAAUUAUCACAUCAUCUCUUACAAGAUGGCACCAUCUACUGUCUCUUCAGUAUCUGAUCUUCGAGUUGAAAGGAAGAGUUGUAAAGUUGUAUAUCCAGAGAAGAUCAAAGAGAGAAGGGCAUUGUUUUUGAGUAACAUGGAUCAACAAGUUGUGCAUUAUGUUCAGAAAUAUGUGCACUUUUUCUCUGCUCCAUCACUAAUUCCAUUUGACAUAAUAUUUGGUGUACACGAAGAAGCUCUCAGUAAAACUAUGGUUGCUUAUGAUUUCAUGUGUGGGAGACUCAUGUUUAAUUCAGAGCAAGGGAGGUUUGAGAUCGACUGUAAUGCUGCAGGAGUUCCUCUUGCCAUCUGUGUAAGUGAGCUCAGUUUACAAGAGUUGGGGAAUCUCGCCAUACCAAAUCCUGCCUUCUCACAACUUUGCCUACCCUCAGAUUCUUCAAACCCAACACUAGGAGAUGGGCCUCUCGUAUCAUUUCAGGUCACUCGAUUCAAAUGUGGCGCCUUUGCUCUUGGAAGCUCUGUAAAUCAUUGUCUCAUGGAUGGGUUUUCCAUACAAGGGUUUGCAAGAAAUUUCACACAUAUGGCUAUAAAAGGAGAACCAGCAUUUAUCCCAAUCACUGAUCGAACUUGUUUGAAGGCUCGAACUCCUCUCCAAAUAAAGUACGAGCAUGAAGAGUACGUAAGGCCUUCUGAAACUACCCCAGAUAAGAUUAUUUCUUCAUUACUGAUGCGAAGAAACAAGGAGCUGUGGUACACUAAAGUGGCAGCCAACAAAGCCUCGGAAAAGCAUAUCUAUAAGCUGUUCUCAUUAUCAGGGAAAAUGAUAAAUGCCUUGAAAAUGAAAGCGGCAGAUGGCAUGGUGAAGCACUGCACAAGUUUUGUUGCAGCACUGGCACACGUGUGGAGGGCAAGGGCUGCUGCAAUGGGAAACUUGAAACCAGAUGAUGUUUCCACCGUUCACUAUGUCGCAGAUAUAAGGUCAAGGCUCGUUCCCCCUCUCCCAAGAGAAUAUGUGGGGAAUGCAAUGGCUCCAGCCUAUGCUAAGGCCACUUUUAGACAAUUAGAAGAAGAGCCAUUUGGGGAGACUGUGAAGAAGUUGCAAGAAGGUGUUGAUAGAUUGAUAGAUGAGUACUUGAGGUCGUCAAUAGAUUGGCUGGAAUUAUAUGACGGAGUGCCAGUUCUGGAAAAUGGGUUUCAUGUAACAAAUUGGAAGAAUUUGGGAUUUGCAGACAUGGAAUUGAGAGGAGGUAUUAAGUCUUUGCAUUCUGGGCCUGUGCUCUCAGGAGGGGCCAAGGUUGUACGAUUCCUAGGACACCCUGAGGAUAACCAAGGGAUGCAGCUGUAUAUUGGUCUGGAGGCCUCUCACAUGAACAAAUUUGAGAAACUCAUUGAAACUAUUUGAUCCCAUCAAUCCUAAGCCUAGCACUAUAAUAUUUACAAAGACAUAAGUAAACAAUUUAUGUCUUUGGAAGUAGAAUUUAAUAAAUAUUUAUAUUUACAAAGACAUAAAUAAACAAUUUAUGUCUUUGGAAGUAAAAUUUGAUAAAUAUUUAUAAGUUAAUAUUGACUUGUUUUAUAAUUAUAUUUAUAUAAUAUGUAAACUCUCUCAUCGGUAUAAUGUCAUAUGUAAAUAGGGAUUGAAUGAAGGUUAUUUCUCUAUUUUUAAAAUGUGAUCUAUGUCUGUAAUAUUAAUAAGAAGGACAGUUCUUUAUAUGGAA